UGGUCGGUCAUUCGCAGUCGUGCCGUCGAACUUGCCGGUUGGACGCUCGCUUGGCUUGAUAGGUUGGUCGGUUGGUGUGGUGUUAUCCUUCACGAAUUGCUCUGCUAGCAUUUGAGUGCAUGGAGAUGAUAAAGUAUCAAUAGGUAGUGAUUUUUAAACCUUGUGUUUCAGAAAAAAAGAGAACCAUUUCAGAUUGUUAUUUAUUAUAAUCACUAUUUAUAUCGCACGAUAGUUUACUUUUUUUCAAAUGAUCUCUCUUUGCACAUGAGACGAGCAAUUUAAAGUGGCGACAAUCAUGAAGGGCAGAUUUUAUUUGUUAUAUGCCUGUAUUGCGGCAUUGUGUUUAGUUAGUGUCAAGUGCCAUAAUUCCAAUGAAACCCAAUUCUUGGAUGAAUUCGUCGAUGAGAAAACGGGACCAGCGUUUUUCUACGAUGAUAAUGCGCAGACUGAGCUUGAAAAUAUAUACGCUGGACCUUUGAAACCCACUAACGAGAACGAAUUGAUUGUCGUGUCACGUGACAAUGUCCAACAGCUCAUCAAGACUCUGAUGUUGGCUUACACUCACUCCAAAGACCCGACGAUGAUGCAAAUCCUCAAGAGCGGAGGACUGGGAGCCAUGAGGACCACAUUCAAGCACUUGGGCAAGGAAGAGUUCGGAGAAUCCUUCAUUAAAACUGCCCAAAUGUUCAUUGAAGAACUGAAUCUUGAAAAGAACGAAGAAGAACUUCUAGGUCAGUUCGCCGAGGAAUACCUCGAGAAGCACAAGUUCAAAAUUGUUGUUCCUGAAAGCUUCCUGCUACACGAGAAAGAAAUGAUCGAGUUCCUGGCGAUGAAGAAGAAGAUGGACAAGAAGAAAGGAAGGUCCAUGUCUGACCCUGAGCCGACCAAAGAUCUGGAACUGAGUUCUAUUCUUCCAUACGACGGGAAACAAUUCUCGACAUCCAUCAUUCCUGGCAUCGACUUGACAUGGUUAGCUGUGCUGGGUGGCAUGAUCGCAAUUCCCUAUUAUUUCUGGUCAGAAAACGAAUCUUCAUCCAACGCAAGGAAAGACGUCAUUGAAGAUCCUCUUCCUUCGCUUGCUCCUCCGCGCUUUUCUCCUGGUCCAGGCAAGAAUGAAAUUGGAGGCAAAAAACACCCCAAGAGAAGACGGCCAAGCAACGGCCUCUCUCCCCCUCCGCCUCCUCGUCAGAGAGGCAAAAACAAAUCCCCAAAGCAUCGUCCCGGCUCAGAUUCUAAGUCGGCCUAUGAUAAACAGUACAGGAACUGGUACAACAACCAUUUCUUCCAACAGUUCAAUCAACUUCCUCCUGGAGUCAGCACUCCUCCUGGCGGAGGGUCUCAGUUUAAUAUUGUUCCGGGACUCGAUGCAGGAAACUUAGUCGGGCAUAGGCCACCUGGGCUGCCACAUAUCCAUGCAGGAGUACAACACCUGAACCCCGUUGGAGUUACCCAAGGGGCGCCGCCAGGACAUCAGGCAUUGAUCGGAGCUCACGUCGAGCAAAUCUUCCCAAACCCUCUACUCAACCCCGCAGUUCAUCAAGUAGCCGGUCUUUUACCUCCUCCUAGUCCACAGACAUCGCCGAGAGUGGAAGUCAGGCACGAAAGUGGAAACUUACCAGGUCAAGGCCAGAACGGAUUAUUCCUUCAGCAGGGCUUUUCAGCACCACAAGUUCUACCCCCAUUUGAUCAAACGAACGCCGAAGAUCGCAGUCAAGUAGGAGUGCUCCCACAAAUCAUACCUUCUGCAAACCGCCGGGAAAUUAUUGGGCUUCAAGUUCCUCAGCAAAAUUCCAUUCUGAACGAAGAACUAAAUACUCUAAAUCUAAGUCCGCCAAGUCAAAGUCCCCCAACGUUGAAUGAAAAUCUUCCCACGCGAGUUGAAGGGGAAUCUCCAGGUCCAUUUGUACCUACACACAUCGAAGAUCAGACAUCUGGCCAAAUAAAACAUGUUGUUGCAGAACAAUUGCCAAACCCACAUGGACAUCACCAAGGUUUGCACUUGGUACACCAAGGACCGGUUCCAGGCCCCUUUGGUCAUCAUCAUCCUAUACCAGGUGUAUCCUUCCCACCAGCACAGCGAGUCCGCUGGAGAGCACAUAAUCCACUGGCUCAACAAACGCCACACGGUGUGUUGAAUACAGGUCUCAAUCCUAAUCUCAAUCCAGACUUUAACCCCAGCAUCAACCUUGGCGCUAUCCCAGGACCAAAUCAAAUUCAUUUUUCCGGAGUGACAGGACCAAACCAAUGGCCUUCCAACAGACCAACCGAUAGAGCUCCAGCUUCGUCUUUGGUUUCUCCUUUGGUGCCACCACCUCCUCCACGCGAAAUGAUUGGUUGUGGAGAAGAUAAAGAGAGUUUUGGAUCAUUCAAGACUGGCCGUGAAGGCAACACUCACUUCAAGGUAUCCUUCGAAGAAGGUCAAAACAACAGAGUUGAAAAAACGACUGAAAAUUCAGCCAAAGAAAAUGUUUCAAACGAUUCACAAGUAGCUGAGACAGUAAACUCUGCAUCGUUUGUUGUUGUACGACCACAGAACGUUGUUCCUACUGCGACAAACAAAGAGGAAGAUGUUCUAGAUUUGUCUAAGAGUCAGUGGCAAAAGUCAAAUUCUCAAAGUGGCCCAGUCACUCAGCCGUUGCAGCACCUAAAUUUCCAGCAACAAAAUCGUCUUCAAUAUGCAUCGAGUCACGCACGACCUAUCAUAUUCUCAGUCGGAAACAGACAGCCUGGACAAAAUCAACCACAGAAUUUACGAUGGCAAGUGCAACAUCAGCAGAAGCAACAGCAUGCGUCACUGGAACUGAAAGAACAACUGGAACGUGAGCGCCAAGAACAAUUGAACGAAGAACAGGAACAACGAGAUUUUGAUAGACAACAACACCAAGAAGAACUACAACGUGAACAAGAGCACGAGCGUAACACGCAGCAAGAGCAGCAAACCGAUGCCAAUCAAUUUUCGCGGCCUCAAUACUUCUCUAAUGAGCAAAAUAUUGGAAGACAUCAACCAAUAGAAUCAGAACAUCCGUUCGAAAAAAAUCAGCAGGUUCAGGGUCAAACAGAAAAAGCCAGUUCAGAGCUCGCAGCACAGUUCACGCAAAACCAGAACCUUCAACCUGACAACUCUCGAAAUCCUCAAAAACCUCUCAGUAUUCAGCAUUUCUUAGAACAGCAGGAGUUGAGGCACAUGGAGUACCUGAAGCACCAAGAACGACAGGACGCACAAGCACAGUCAGUAGUCUCGUCGCCAGAAAAAGGCGUCGCACUUUCUUCUGCAGAAAAUACAAGUACGUUCCGCAACAAUGAUGCCGGUGGAUUUGUUCCUAUCUACGGGCCUCCUACCCUACCACACGGGCUCAUUAUCCGUUCAACCACAGAACGUUACGAACUUCCCAAACCUUCUGCUUUUCUCGACAAGCUGAAGGCGGAGAAAGAACAAGUUGCCAGUAAUUUGCUCAUCGUAGAAGGAGAACGAGUCCCAAUUUUCAACUCUGCUGAAGAUCAAUCACAGAAAUCGCAGGAAAGAACAAGUGGCGUCCAAAUCACACGCGCCAAGCCAGUGAAGCUAUCGGAAGAAAAUUUUGCAAACUCAGCAGACUUCUUUUUAACAGAUUCAGCAAACCAAGAGCACACGACGACUCCACCAGUCAGAAUGACGACCGCACCGCCGGCAUUAUUCGUGCAGAGACCGACGGCACGAACUGGGGUUCCGAUCAUCGUGACUCCCUACAAAUCCACCGACUACCGAGUGGUGACAUCCAAGUCUGUAGUUACCUCCAAGCCGAUACCUUUGGACCAAAAAUUCCAGUCCGCCUAUAAACCUUACUACUUAGAUGAAGAUAAGAACACGACAGAUUCCCCGAAAGUAAUUGUAGAUGAAAAGGAAAGUCAAUUCGAUCCCACAGAGUAUCCUACUGAGGAGCCAGAAACGAUAAGGCCAGGAAAUGGGCAUCAGAAAACGAAAAACGCGAAUGCAGUGUUCGACUCCUUAGAAGAGUUGCUGCCCAACUACGAGCAAGACUACCGUCAGGUCUUGAGAGGAUAUCAGAGAAAGCAGCUAGAAGAGAAAGAUCAACAACAAGUGUACGACCAGGUGGUCAAAGCUUCAGAGCAGCUGGAGGAUUACGUACCCCCUGCCCUGAGCAAAGAAGUUCUUCAGCAUGACGCUGCUGGAUUCGUCAACAACAAUGAGGAAGAAAACAGUUUCGACGUCAACAGAAGUUUGAAGACCGACUCCCUGUUACAAGAAGAAGUUGAGGCAGGGCAGGCUUCAGCUCCCCAAAGAACGCACCGCAAUUCCAAGACGGACGCCAACAUCCCCAUCUACUCCCUAGAUCCUUUCUACGGACCCAGGCUGUCUAGGAUCGACGCCAUCUUCUUCCAAAUGAAACUCGACGAAGAUCAAGAAGGAUGCAGAGAACAAGUUGUGUGCAACAUGUAUAAAAAUCCUGACGUGUACACACCGCUCAGCGACUUCCUCUCGCGACAGCUCACUGUGACUCUAGAAGAGCUCCAGAAACCUCAGGUCGCGGAUGAGCGAAUCUUGCGGUUCUUCCGGUACCUGCAAGCUGCACGGACAGGCCAAGACGGCGGCGACUGUCAGAUCAAAUAUUCGCAAUGUGCACAAGACACAACACGACUCGCUCACAAGCCCAUCCUGGACGCUUUUCAUAAAGUGUCCGGAUUGAUGAGCCAUGAAAACCUUUAGAGAAAUUUUUCUAACCGGAAUGAUACGUCAAUACCAAUAAAAGAUGGCGUGUCUAUAGCGGGUAAUGAUUUAUUCUUUUUUAUUUUGUGCUUUGAGUCGAAUAUCUUAUCAAAGAAUUACCAUACGUAACUCUUUCGCUAAUUGGCCGUACGAGUUUUUUAUGCUAUAUCCAUGGUAUCAAUUAGGUCUUAUUAGACAGCGGAAUUCAUUUCUUCAAACGUUUGUGUUUGCGGGUAAAAUAUAUUGUGGCUGACCAUUCUUUUCGAUGUACUUAAUUACUGAACUUAAAGGAAAAGCUAGAAUAUUGUUUUAUUUAAUGCCAUUCACGUUCAUAUAUUCAUUUAAUUGUAUAUUUUCCUCACACCAUUGCAUUGUUGACAGCAUAAAUUAAAAAAAAUUACGUAGAAUUCCCCAUUAAGUUAGAAAAAGCCAUUUAAGGUUUAGGUGACCAAGUGCAAAAACAAAUUGCACCUGAAACAAUAUGUAUAAUUUGUACAAUAACCAUUUUUAGAAAAUCUAAAUAAUGAGUAUUUACUUUGAUAAAUUAAUUUGAGGUACAAACUCCGGCUGAUUUUCUAUUACAUGACGAUAAAUAAAUUAGUUUAAGGCCAGUGCAUCUCGAAAUCUGUGGCGACCCAUAUCCAUUCAUUACUGAAUGAAGCUCAAAGGAAAUCGGGCCUGACUUUCGUCUGUUGUUGCAUAUUGUAGAUGGCAUCUAGAGAGUUGAUCCGUGCUGGUGAUAGCGUUGCGCUCACCGCCGCAGGGGAAAUGUUUGUGCAAUAUGCUCAAUUUUUAAGACUAGUAUCGUGUCUUCAUUGCUGUACAGAAUUAUUUCUUAAUUGAAUCACAGAGCACGUAGUUAAUGAAUAGAACGUUUAUUGCCUUACGGCCACCUUCGUCUAUAUCUGUGAUUUUCAUUCACAAACUUAUAAAUCAAACUAACCAUAUCAUGCUCCGUGUGUACGUAUAGCUGUAAUAGACCUAUACUGAAUUAGAAUUUAUAAGCCGUGGCUCUUGAAUACUCAUCAUGCAGUACUAAUAAUAACCCAAUGUUGCUAGUUGCAAUAAACACGCAAGAUCCGUCUAAAUGGGGCCCAGAGAAAACCGGGCUCUAUUUUUUCAUGGAGCAAGUUUGGUGGCCGAAUUGUGAGGGCUCGCUCUCUCUGGUGGGCAAAAACUGCCCUGCUUACCGGCAUGAAACUCGCGCGGACCGUCAGAAGGUCCGGUCUGCCGAUGCCAACCCUCCCAUGUGGGCAUGAAAAAAAUAAGGCCGAUUUUUAUUAGAUAUUUCAGGGCUCUUUGUUGUGAUCUGAGCAUUUAUCUCUCAAAAUGACUCAAAAAACUCCGUGUGAACUCCAUUCGAGGCGGAGUGCCAUUAUAUGUUAAUGUAAAUUUAAUUAUUUAUUUUUUCAUGCUUGAGGCGUAAGAAUGACCUAACUGAAUUCUAGUGACAUUUUGAAAUGCAAAAAAUUUUUGCAUGCCAAAAAAUCAGUAGCACGAAGUCGCGUGUUUUUUGACGCGUUGUAUUUCCCUAACACGUCACGUGUUUCUUGACACUAAUUAACAGCUCCAUUAUUUGAAUGCGAGACCGGAACUAGUGUAGAGCUUGAGCUGUAAUAUUUUUCACUGAAGAGUAUAAGCUUUACAAAUUCAGAAGUGACGUAGUUAAUUGAUGGAAAUAAGACAAUGUUAUGGAAAUUAGAAUGAAAUUGUCAAUGCACGAGUUAGCAGUUUCAUCUUUUUGCAUCUGAAUCAUGUUGAUGUCGGUUACCAUAGUUCAAUAUUUAUUAUUUUCAUGCUCAUAACAUUCAUCCCAUGCACUGUCACAUCUUAAGUUAAGUUCUAUUUAUUACUGUACUUUCUCCUUACUGUUUGUGCGAAUGACAAGUUUGACGCAGUCAAGUCAUGCACGAACUUUAUUUUGAGAAAAUCUUACAAAUAUAAAUGUAUUAAUCUUG